AUGAGUUAUAAUUAUUUGAAGGCAGCCAAGAAGAUUGUUUGUAUCGGCCGUAAUUAUGCAGCUCACAUCAAGGAACUAAACAGCGCCACUCCAAAGCAACCAUUCUUUUUCCUUAAGCCCUCCUCGAGCAUAGUGACACCAUUUGAUAUCAGGCACAAGGAAUCGAAAAUCUUACCUGAAGAUUCCAGUUUCCAUGGCCUAAAUGAAGAUGGAUCCAACCCAGGCCCCAUCUAUAUCCCAAAAGGUGUGCUAGUUCAUCACGAAGUAGAAUUGGCAAUCGUUAUGGACAAAUAUGUAUCAAAUGCACAACCUGGGGACAUCAAAGCUAAUGAUGUUUUUAAUUACAUCAAGGGUAUUUCAUUGGCAUUUGAUUUGACGGGACGUAAUGUUCAAUUCGAAGCCAAGAAGAAGGGACUUCCAUGGUCAAUUGCUAAGGGGUUCGAUACUUUCCUACCCAUCUCGCAUUUUAUUCCAAAGGAUCAAUUGAUUCAAGAUAAGGAAAACUUACAGGACGCUUUUAGACUAGUUUGCAAAGUCAAUGGGAGCGUCAGACAAGACGGCGAUUCCAGUUUGAUGCUUAAUCCCUUGCAUAAAAUUAUUCAAGUGAUUUCAACAAUGGUAUCUUUGGAGCCAGGUGAUAUCAUUUUGACUGGGACACCAGAGGGUGUUGGUGAAGUGAAAAUCGGCGAUGUGAUAUCUGGUGAAUUAUUCUAUAACGGGAAACAAGUAGUAGACAUGAAAUUUGAGUGCAAAGAACGUCCAGGACCUUACGAAUACAGAGAAACCUGA